AUGGCUCCCAAGAAGGACUCUAAGACCAAGGUCCGGGUUCAGCCCGUUCCAGAGAAACGUGGCUAUGAAUUUGGAGGACCUCUCGGUGCGUUUGGGAUCGUGUUCGGUCUGCCCGUGCUGGUUUACAGCUUCACCUUCCUGUGUAACGAUGUCUCCGGCUGCCCGGCUCCUUCGCUACUACACCCCUCUACCGUGACGCUUGACCAAUUGAAGGCAGAGGUUGGCUGGCCCAAGGGAGGGUUUGCGGACUUCUACGAUACAAGCGUGACACUUUGGGUGCUGGGCUACUAUCUGCUUAGCUUGGCCAUGUACGUGUUCCUGCCUGGCCAGGAGGUCGAGGGCACCGAAUUGGCAUGUGGAGGAAGAUUGCCCUACAAGUUCAACGCUUUUCUGUCGGCCGUCCUGAUCCUCUCCGGCUGUGCGACGGGCACCUACGUCUAUGGCGCGGACUUUGCUGUCUGGACCUUCCUCUGGGACAAUUACUUGCAGGUUAUCACCGCCAAUCUGGUGAUUUGCACUGUCAUCGCCAUCUUCGUCUAUGCGAAGAGCUUCACCGUUCCGGCUCCCGGGCAGCCCAACCCCGAGCUCCGCCAGCUAGCUCCGGGUGGUCACACUGGCAACGCGUUGUAUGAUUUCUUCAUUGGCAGAGAGCUGAACCCCCGGGUACGCCUGCCGAUUCCCUUUGUCAGUGAAGCUUCGCGCACGAUCGACAUUAAGUCCUGGCUCGAAAUGCGCCCCGGCUUGCUGGGGUGGAUCAUCCUGAACCUGUCAAACAUUGCCCGCCAGUACCGCACCUACGGCUACAUCACGGACUCGAUCGUCAUCUCGACUGCUUUCCAGGCGUUCUAUGUCCUGGACGGCCUGUACAUGGAGCCUGCCCUGCUGACUACAAUGGACAUCAUCAUGGACGGCUUCGGAUUCAUGCUCUCGUUUGGCGACCUCGUCUGGGUGCCGUUUAUCUACAACUUCCAGACCCGCUACCUGGCCGUCUUCCCGUACGAGCUGGGCUUCAAUGGCAUCCUGCUCGUUCUGGCUGUCACUGCCGUUGGCUACUCGAUCUUCCGGGGUGCCAACAACCAGAAGAACCGGUUCCGCACCAACCCGAACGACCCCCGCGUCAAGCACCUCAAGUACAUCCAGACGGCCAGCGGCUCCAAGCUGAUCACGUCUGGCUGGUGGGGAAGCGCCCGCCACAUCAACUAUCUGGGCGACUGGGUCAUGUCGUGGUCGUACUGUCUGCCUACGGGCAUUGCCGGCUAUGCUAUUAUCCAGAGCAUCAACCCGGCCACCGGGGACCUGCAGAAGCAGGCUGUGCAGACCCCCGAGAGCCGGGGCUGGGGAAUGAUCUUCACGUACUUCUUCCUGGUGUACUUUGGCACGCUGCUGAUCCAUCGCGAGCAGCGCGACGAGGAGAAGUGCAAGCGCAAGUACGGUGCCGACUGGGACCGGUAUACGUCGUUGGUCCGGAGCCGGAUCAUUCCUGGCAUUUACUGA